AUGCUCAAUGACUCCAUGGCAAAGCAGUUCAGGAAGCUAUUCACCAACUGCUCAGCCUUGAAGGAGCUCAACUUGUCUGGCAACGCCUUGUCAUGGACACAGCAAAGGAUGCUGGGCAAAGGACCAGCAAGAUCACUCCAGACACUCCAACUUGCUAGCAACAGGCUGACCAUCAUCAAAGCUGGAUUUGCUGAGGGUCUCUGUAAGCUGACAGAGCUGGACCUCAGCAAAAACGGCCUGCACACUCUGGACUUGCACUUUUUGCAAGGCAUGGAGACAAGCCUCACCAGCUUGAAUCUGGCCUCAAACAUCCUCAACAAGGUGCUGUUGGCAUGGAAAGACAACAUGCCAGUGCUGGUGCAGCUCAACUUGAGCUGGAACUGUUUGGCCCACUUCCCAUUCAGUUUCCUUGGCGUGGGCCAAAUGCACCUCCACAUUCUGCACAUGGAAGGCAACCAGAUUUCCAACUCCAACAUCACACAGGCCUUGACCCUCAGGCAGGGGCAAGAGAAGCUCAAGCUGGUGCACCAACCACAGUUCCUGGCCCAUCACCAAAAUGACAUGCUGGCGAUAUGCAAAGAUGGCAGCUUCAAAAUCCUCAAUGGCAUUCCUCUACAUGCCAACUAUGAGGGCGACUACUUCCACCACCUCCACAAACAAGAGAUGCAGUACCUGUUGGGCCUUGUCAAACUUCAG